AUGAAAGUUCUUGCUUAUUUCAUUUUGUUUUUCUCGUUACUUUUUAGCGAGGCUGUGGAGGGUCCAUUUCGAUAUUUUCAGCAAGAAGCUGAAAAAGCUGCCAGGCAGCGUGAAACGUCCAUGCUUCUUUGUCGUCUGCUCGGUCGUGUAUUUAUUCCGUACUAUACGGGUGAGGUGGUGUCGGCUGUGUUUGGAGAACAGGCCUCUUAUGAGCGACUUUAUCAAACCGUCGUCAUCAUGGCAUUACUCGCCGUCUUCGGUGGCUUACGUGGUGGUUCGUUCACUUAUGCUCACGCAACAAUCGACCGACAAAUUCGAAAUGACCUCUUCAGAGCCGUAACGAAGCAGGAGAUCGGCUUCUUCGACGCCAACAAGACUGGAGAGAUCUGUUCUCGUCUAACUGCUGAUUGCCAGACGAUGUCAAACACCUUAUCAUUGUAUAUGAAUGUGUUAACAAGAAACUUAACGAUGCUGUUCGGUUCGCUGAUCUUCAUGACAACGCUCUCAUGGCGACUGUCGAUGAUCACCUUAAUUACCGUUCCAAUCAUUUUCUUGGUUAACAAAAUUUUCGGUGUCUGGUAUGACAAAUUGUCUGAAGAAACUCAGAACUCUGUCGCAAAAGCGAACGAUGUUGCAGAAGAAGUUUUGUCGGCAAUUCGAACCGUAAAAAGUUUCGCUUGUGAACGUUAUGAAGGACAAAGAUUCUUGGAGUAUUUGAACGACACACUCACCAUUGCCACUCGAAAGGUUUUUGUCGUUAUUGGACUGAUCUGGACCAAUGAGCUACUUCAAAUGGCUACUCUCACCGUCGUUUUGUGGUAUGGUGGUCAUCUUGUCAUUCAAGGGAAGAUCGCAUCCGGUCUACUCGUCUCAUUUUUAUUGUAUCAAUUUCAGUUGGGAGAAAACUUGAGGGAACUUGGAGAAGUUUGGAAUGGUCUUAUGCAGGCCGUCGGUGCUUCCAGAAAAGUCUUUGAAUUCGUCGAUCGUGUACCGAAAGUUAAUAAUUACGGGAAAUAUGCCCCGAAGAAAAUUGCCGGUCGAAUCGAAUUCAAGAAUGUUAAGUUCAGUUAUCCAAUACGACCUGAUUUACCAAUCAUGCAGGAUCUCACGUUUACUGUAGAGCCAGGACAAGUUGUUGCACUUGUUGGACCAUCUGGUGGUGGGAAAUCCAGCUGUAUCGCAAUGUUGGAGCAUUUCUAUGAGCCAAGUGGAGGACAGGUACUUCUUGAUGGCGUUCCCAUAAGAGAAUAUGACCAUAAAUAUCUUCAUACAAAGAUCGCACUCGUUGGUCAAGAACCGGUGCUUUAUGCCAGAUCAGUGACGGAGAACAUCGGCUACGGUCUCGAUUCUUACAGUGAGGAUCAAGUACAAACGUCAGCAAAACUUGCCAACGCUCAUAGUUUCAUUAUGGAUACCACUGAUGGCUACAAUACGAACGUCGGUGAGAAGGGAUGUCAAAUGUCGGGCGGACAAAAACAACGUAUAGCGAUCGCUCGUGCUGUUGUUCGUGAUCCGGUUGUACUUCUGCUAGACGAAGCCACUUCGGCACUUGAUUCUGAAAGUGAACACUUGGUACAAGAAGCAAUUUCGAAGAAUCUGAAAGGUCGUACGGUUGUGAUCAUUGCGCAUCGUCUUAGCACAAUCGAAAACGCUGACAAAAUCGUCGUUAUCAAUCAUGGUUAUGUGGAGCAAAUGGGAACGCACAAGGAACUAAUCAGUCAGGAUGGCAUCUACAAAUUACUGGUACAGCGACAGAUGAUGGGUUAG